AUGAAAGUACUCAACCAGGUUAUAAACAAAAUGAAUGAACAAGAGGAGGAAAAGGAAAAAAAAACAGACGAAGAUGAUGAAUCAGAUUUUAUAGCAAACUAUAUAAACAAUAAUAUUAAAAAUAUUGAGGAUGCUGAAGUGAAUUUGGAUAAAAUGGAAAAAGAAUUAUAUGAGCUUGAUCAAGUCAUGAAUGAAAAAAUCGAGAAUCAUGUUUUAAAAACAAAUGAAUAUGAAAUAAAAUUUGAAAAUAUAAAAAAAAAAAUGAAAAUUAUUACUAGUUUAGUAGAAAAUGUAGAUAAACAAGCAGAAGAAGGAGCAGAAAUAUUAACAAAUUUAUGUAGUGAUAUUAAAAGACUUGAUAUAGGCAAACAAAAUGUUACUCAAGUUAUUUUAAUUUUAAAAAGAAUUGCUAUGAUAAUUACAGCCAUAACUAGUUUAAAAAAAAAAGCUAUCAAACGUGAAUAUAAAGAUUGUAUGUAUCUAGUACAUAUUAUAAAAAAUAUGUUUUCACAUAUACACAACUUAAAAGAAUACAGCUCAGAAAGUGGUGAAAACCAAACUUUUACAAGUAGCAUAAACAAGUUAAACAUCUUAUAUAAUGAUAUAAAUAUUUUGUUUGAUGAAUUGAAACAACAAAUUGUUGAAGACAUUGAUUUAAUAUAUGAUCCAGAUAUUCAUGUUGAAAAAAAUAUAAUAUAUUUAAUUGAUAAUAAUUUUGAAAUAAAAGAAAAAGAUAAAGAUUCUAAAAUAGCUAUUAAUCUAUUUGAUGCAUGUAAUUGUUUAUAUGAAUUAAAUCCAAAUUAUAUAAAUAAUAUAGUAAAAAAGUUUGUUCAUUUUUUUCUAGAAAAAUAUAUUUUAAUUUUCACCAAUCACAAUAAUACAUUUGAAAAUAUUGAUAGACGAUUAGCUUGGUUAAAGCGUGCAUUAAAUAAUUAUAAAAAUGUUUAUGAUCAUAUUUUUCCAGAUUAUUUUAAUGUCCAAUUUUAUAUUGUAUUAAAAUUUUGCUCUAUAACAAAAAAGGAUAUCAUAAAAAUUAUUUCCUAUUCUAUGGAAGAAAUAAAUCCAGCUUCUCUAAUUCAAACUGUUAUUAAAAUUAUUCAUUUUGAAACCUUUUUAAUUAAAAAUAUUUUUUUUGUUUCACCUCCUAAUGAUUUAUCUCUAGAUAAUUUUAAUUUUAUUGAGUCUCCAUUUCCUGAGAUGCUUCAAAAGGUUGAAACAUCAAAUAAGUUUACACCCCCUACAAAUAAUCUCAACCAAGUAAGUGACACUAAUAAAAUUUGUAAUAACAAAAAUGAACAUGCAUUUAAGGGAAUAAUUUCGUGUGUCUUUGAUAGCUAUUUAUGUAGUUGGCUAAAAUAUGAAGAAAAAAAAAUAUUAGAUAAAUAUGAAAAUAUAAUAAGUGAUGAAAAUAAAGAAAUUAAUGUAAAUAAUAAAAAAGAAGACGACAAAAUUAUUAUAGAACAAUUUGAAAAAAAAGAAUUUAAUAAUAUUAAAAGUUUUAUAAAUCAAAAUGAAUAUGAUAACCAAAGUGUUUCAGACAAUCUUGAAACUAUUUUAGAAGGAAAAAAUAAUAUUUAUAAAUCUGCAUAUAAAAUAUUUUAUCUAUAUAAAAGCUACAUAAAUAUGAUAUCACAAUUUAGUAAUUGUAAAACACUAUUUGAUUUUUUUACUUUUUUUAAAACCUUAUUAACAAAAUAUAGUGAAGAAUUAAAUAGUAGAGUCAUAGAUAAAGUUAUCCCUCAAAAUAAAAUUAAUAAUUUAUUUUUAAUUUCAAAAAUUAUUAACACAUGUUAUUAUGUUGAACAAACGAUGGCAGAGGCGUAUGAAAAUCUUAUCCAUAUUAUAAGCCCACUUUUUAUUGAAAAAAUUAAUUUUAAAGAACAAGACAAAUUAUUUUUAAAUAUAAAAACAAAAUGUAUAAAAAUUAUUAUAUCUUUUAUAAAUGAUCACAUUGAUAAAAUUAUUCGAACUAAUAUAAUCAACAUAUAUGAUAUUACACAAUUAAAAAAAAUCUCACCAUAUAUUAUAAAUUUAAAAAAUUUCCUUCAAAAAUAUUUUUUAUUUUUUAAUCAUAUUUUUAAUGAAACACAUUUAAUUUAUUUAUUAGAAAAAACAACAGCAUUAAUAAUUGACAUUUUUUUUCAAAAUAUUUUCUCCUUAACGUCGAUAACAAAUAUUACAGCACAACAAUUACUACUAGAUUGUUCAUCAAUCAAAAAAAUAUUAUAUCACAUCCCUAAUGUCUUAACAAACUUAGAAAAUUUAAAAAUAGAUCAAGAAAAUGAACUAACUCAAGAUGAAAACAGUUGUGACCCUAUUGAUCAGGUCAUAAAUUUUAGUGAAGACGAUACAGAAAUUGAUACUACUCAAUCACCAAUUCCUAAAACGUACUAUAAUUAUAUUAAUAAAAAAAUUAAUAAAAUCCAAUUUUUAUUAAAAUUAUUUAUUUCAAACACUUUAGAUGUAAACACAUUUAAUUUACUACUUGCUCAAAAUAACAAUAUCUGUACUAUCCACGAAAUUGAGAAAAUGUUGUCCCUAAGGGAGGAUAAGCAUGACCAUACACAAACAGACACAGACCAUAACACUAACAAUGGCACUAACGAAUAUAUCAGUGAUAUCAAAAAGCGUGGAAUUCAUGCCGCUGAAGAGAUCAAAUGCUUUUUUAGCAAAAUAACCACCAUCUAA